CGGCAGAAACAGGAAGUGAGACCAAAACAAAGGAGCGGCGGCGGGGAACGGCCUCUGUUUUUCUGCUUCCUCCGGCCUCCUCCUCGACCGUGGCCGCCGACCCUCGGAAGCAGUCCGAACAUGUCCAACAUGGAGAAACACCUGUUCAACUUAAAGUUCGCGGCCAAAGAACUGGGCAGGAGUGCCAAAAAAUGCGACAAGGAGGAAAAGGCCGAAAAGGCCAAGAUUAAAAAGGCCAUUCAGAAGGGCAAUAUGGAAGUUGCGAGGAUUCACGCCGAGAACGCGAUUCGCCAGAAGAACCAAGCAGUGAAUUUCUUGAGGAUGAGCGCACGGGUGGACGCGGUGGCCGCCAGGGUCCAGACGGCCGUGACGAUGGGCAAGGUGACCAAGUCGAUGGCCGGAGUGGUUAAGUCGAUGGACGCGACGUUGAAGACCAUGAACCUCGAGAAGAUCUCCGCCCUGAUGGACAAGUUCGAGCACCAGUUCGAGACGCUGGACGUUCAGACGCAGCAGAUGGAGGACACGAUGAGCAGCACGACGACGCUGACCACUCCCCAGGGCCAGGUGGACAUGCUGCUGCAGGAAAUGGCAGACGAGGCCGGCCUCGACCUCAACAUGGAGCUGCCGCAGGGCCAGACCGGCUCCGUGGGGACGAGCGUAGCCUCGGCCGAGCAGGACGAGCUGUCCCAGAGGUUGGCCCGCCUGCGGGACCAGGUGUGACCGCUGGACCGCUCAGAGGCGAGCCAGCCGCAAGCGACGUUCCGAAGACGGAUACUCUACACUAGAACCUCGGAAUCGGCCAGAAUGCUGAACUGCUCUUACUCAAGAUGCUUCUCCCUUCGGGUUUACAGUGCUGUCCAGACACACGAAGAAUUCCCAGGCCUUCUCUUAACUCUUAACUGGAUUUGAAAGUUCUGUAUGGCUUGUGAUUAAGUGUAUCUAGUUAAUUUGACUUAUAUGAAUCUUUCUCAAAAAUUUAGUCAAAACUCUGCAAAGUCGCUUCAGUCGCGACCGACUCUGUGCAACCCCAUAGACUGCAGCCCACCAGGCUCCCCUGUCCCUGGGAUUGUCCAGGCAAGAACACUGGAGUGGGUUGCCAUUUCCUUCUCCAA